AUGGUCGACAUGGUCAACCUUGAGGAGGAGGAGGCUGCAAUGGUGGAAGCCGCAAUCCAAGCGUCUCUUCGUGACAUCCAGCCCCGUGUUGGCGAAUCUUCGUUACCAAACGAGAAAGUGAUUGACCUGACAAAUGAUUCAGACGAUGAUUCGGAUGUCAAAGAAUUACAUCCAAAGUCCAAGUCUAUUAUUGGAUCUGACAGUGAGACUGAAGUUGGAAAUGACGAGGAACCGAAACUAGUCAACAAACUCCAUGGCAAUGUCCAGCCUAGUACUCAGACACCUGUGGAAGUCCCUGUGAUGCAAGGCAUCCUUGGACUUGAUCGAAAGCAAAUGGAGCUUGAGCGUCUUGCUCGUCAAAAUGCUCGUCAAUCUCAUGGACAGCAAAUGGAAUCUACUGAGCGUCCGAGGCGUCAAGAUAUCCGUGAUGGUAAAAGAAAGGCAGGAUUCUCGCCUCCGCUAGGUCAAUCGCCAGUAAAGGCACCCAGGAUAGAGGCAACUUCCGCUCCUGCUACUCAUCACUCCUCUUCACUAACGAAUACUUCAUUCCCUACACGAAUUCCCGCAGGAUCCAUAAUGCCAACAGUGCCAGUGCCAGUGCCAGUGCCAGCACCAUCGUCAGUGAUUCCUACCACAAAGUCUACUCCCCAGUGGCUCCACGGAAUUGUGAAGAAAACCUACCUUUCCAAUAUCGCACGGUCUGGAAAUGAUAUCACAUUCGAAGAACUGCUUCAAGCAUCCGACUUGAAACUUGCAGUUAUUAGCUCGUUUAUCUGGGAUACCGAGUGGAUUUUCAAUAAGCUGAAAAAAGAAACAAAAAUACUUCUUGUCAUGAGUGUCAAGAACCUGGAUGCACGUCGCCAAUAUCGAGAAGAAACGAGUAGAAUGCCGAAUGUCAAGCUAUGCUUUCCACCAAUGGAAGGGCAAAUCAAUUGCAUGCACUCUAAGUUGAUUCUUCUGUUUCACACGGAAUACCUUCGGAUCGCGGUACCUACAGCGAACGCGACCUCGCAUGACUGGGGUGUGCGAGGUUUGAUGGAGAACACCGUAUUCAUUAUUGAUCUUCCGAAGCUUAAGUCCGGCUCUGAAUUGUCCAAAACAUCCUUUCAGGUUGAGCUUGAGUACUUUCUCCGGGCUAGCACGAUUUCAGACCUCGUAAUCGAGAGGAUGAAAGGUUACGAUUUCAGCGAAACCUCCUGUUACGAAUUUGUUCAUUCGAUCGGCGGGAGUCAUACCGGAGAUGCAUUGAAGCGGACAGGAUUCUGCGGCCUGGGCAGAGCUGUUACGCGCAUUGGCAUGCGAUCCCUGUCGAAGAUAAACGUUGCUUAUGUAACCUCCUCCAUCGGCGCCCUGGACCAAGACUUUCUCCGUCGCAUCUAUCUCGCUUGCAAGGGUGAUGAUGGACUUACAGAAAACCCCACGCGACAAAAAAGCGUCUUCAGAAAAGACGAUGCGGCUAUGACUGAUACAGCUGAUGCUCACAUGCAGGUCUAUUUUCCGUCACACAAAACUGUGACAGAGGCACAUGAAAACCCAAUUGAUACCGCCGGAACGAUUAUGAUGAAUAAAGCCUAUUGGCAAAGAGCCGAGUUUCCGAGACGGGUGAUGAGAGACUGCUUAAGUGAGAGGGGCACGCUGAUGCAUAACAAGUUGAUAUACGCCUGGCCGGACGAACCUAUUACGCUGCCCAAUGGUGAUGAGUGCAAAGGGUGGGCAUAUGUUGGAAGCCACAAUCUUUCCGAGAGUGCCUGGGGUUUCCGCCUCGUGAAAGAUCGGGCAACAGGCCUGAAGAAAAUAAACCUCCGAAACUAUGAGUGUGGCGUGUUGGUGCCUGUCAUCAACGCAAAUUCCACUUUAAAGGAGUCGGCAGGGAAAGGCAAAGCUCCGACAUCAGAGUCGUCGGAAAGUGGAACAUUUACGAAUAUCACCCGUGAGAUCUUCAAUGAUACAGUCCCCGUUCCGAUGUUGCUACCCGCUCCACGCUUAACCGACGAGCGCAAGCCAUGGUUCUUGAUGGAGGAAAUCGCGGAACAAGAUCGUGCUAUGAAUGAGCGGCGGAAUAAGAUGAGGAUGGGCAGAUCUUAG